AUGAAAGCAACCCCAGAGCUUCUGGUCCCACCAUUGCUUCAGACUAUCCAGUCGACGAAUCCACGAGCCCGUCCUAUAUUUGUCAACCAAUUAGCCCUCUUGGCCGAAUGCUUGCUGAAAGAGACACCUUCUCCACUAUCGUCAGCCGAGAAAAGUGCCGGCUCAGGUCGACUGCUUCAAACGUGCAAUCUUUCCUCUAGCUCUGAAAUCACUGGAAGAAGUGAUUUCGAGGCCUCACCACUAGUCAACCAGAUCGUUUCUGCACUGGGUCAGCUUACUCGUAGCUUGCUGCUCUUCCAGACUGGCCCAGCGGCCGGAGAGCUUCGCGAGGCGAUCGCUUGCCUGGCCAUUGCUCUACAUCGUUACUUGGGUGACGAAUUGUUUGCCCAAUUUGGUGGUGGAGUGGGCCUCGUGGCUGGUCAAAAUCAGGCCCAAGUUGGCACUUCUAGUCCAGGGGCUGGAGGGUUAUCUGGUGGCGGCGUAAAUGUAGGGGGAUUAGACAACGGUGGCGUCAUAGGAACAUCUCAGCCUGACCAACGGAUAGUACGCCAGCUGGAAACGCUAAUCCAAGCAGGAAGUGGGCACAGAUAG